AUGGCUCAACAAGAGCUGAAGCAGAUGGGCGCUUCUGUUCUGCAGGAGAUUGAGGGGCAACCGCCCCAUCAGAACAAGGACGAUGUCUAUCUGGCCCGUAUGGGGAAGCGUCCGGUCUUGCAAAGAAACUUCGGUUUGAUGUCCAUGGUCGGUUUCAGCUGCACUAUUCUCAUCACUUGGGAAGCCGUAACUACUGGCGGUCCAGCCGGUUCAAUAUAUGGAUAUAUUUUCGUCUGGGUCGGUGUUACAGCAACCUUUGUCGUAGUAUCUGAGUUGGUAUCAAUUACAGGAUGGCUCACAGUCAUUGGCUGGCAAGCCACAUACGCCACCGGUUUGUAUCUGAAUGGCAACUUCAUCGAGGCGCUAGUCAUUCUCACCAAUCCCGACUAUACGCCUGCACCAUGGCGCAAGACCCUUUAUUCCUGGGCCACGGCAGUUUUUGCAGCGUCUAUCAAUAUUAUUGGAGGCAAGCUGUUGCCUCGGUUUGAGGGGACAAUUCUUAUCCUUCAUAUCCUGGGUUUCUUUGCCAUUCUCAUCCCUUUGACGUAUAUGGCAGAGCAUAAACCUGCUUCGGAGGUAUUCACGUACUUUAUUAAUGAAGGCCAUUGGCCGACUCAAGGUCUUUCAUUCUUUAUCGGCAUCAUUGGUCCUGUCUUUGCGUUUGCAGGUGGCGAUGCAGCAGUACACAUGGUCGAAGAAAUGACUAACGCAACAGUGGCCGUCCCCUGGUCCCUAAUGCUCACAGUCCUCAUCAACGGAACCCUAGGCUUUAGCAUGCUAAUAGCCCUUUACUUCUGCCUCGGCGACAUCGAAACAUCCCUAAAAUCCCCAACCGGAGUCCCCUUCCUCUCUAUCUUCUACCAAGCCACCGAAUCAACCGCCGGCACCGCAGCAGCUGGAUCCGUGAUCCAAGCCAUGUGCUGCUGCACAACAGUAGGCAUGUUGGCAUCCGCCUCGCGCCAAUUCUGGUCCUUCUCACGAGACAGAGGUAUACCCGGCUGGCGCAUCUGGAGCAAAGUAACUCCCCGCACCGCAAUACCAACCUACACCGUCCUCCUAACCAGCAUAAUCGGUUGCCUCCUGAACCUCAUCAACAUCGGCUCCGACGUUGCAUUUAACAGCCUCGUCUCAAUGUCUACUUCAGGCCUCUACCUCUCCUACAUGAUCGCCGCAGGCCUUCUCCUGUACAGACGCUGCACAGGAGAAAUCAGCCAAGCUAAGAGAAACUCCGAACAAACAAUGGUUAAUACGGCAGGCGCCAAGCUCGUCUGGGGACCAUUUCACCUUCCCGGUAUAUGGGGGAUCGGGAUUAAUAUUUUCUCGUUGAUUUAUAUGUUUAUUGCUACGUUCUUUAGCUUUUGGCCCCCGAUUAAUGAUGUUAAUUCCGAGUCGAUGAAUUAUAGUGUGGUUGGGACUGGUGGUACGGUGCUGCUUAGUUUGGGGUAUUAUUUGGUGAGGGCGAGGGGGGUUUACAAGGGGCCUGUUAUUGAGAUUUAG